AUGGAACAAAAUCACACAGUGUACAUGUCUAAUGCCUCCAUACUGCAUGAGAUGCUUGAAAAGGAAUUCUGUGUUCGUUUUGUGUCAUCCUUGCCGCAUGCUUCACCCAUGGAGAUCAUCAAAGGCGGCAAAGAGUCAAUCAGGGCUGCCGUGGAUGAGGGCAUUGUUGUGUAUGACUGCAAAUACAGAGAUGAGGUGAUGCUAAUCCCUUAUGGUCUAUUCGAAGCUGGAGAUAACCCCAUGCAGGUGGAAGAGUGUAGCAACGGCACUUUACACUGCAAUUACUUCUGUCGCACAUGCAAAAUUGGAGAGCUUCAUCAACCAGAAGAAACAAUUCAGCAGAUUCUCGAGCAGAUUGAGCUUUUGAAGUUGUCUGGUGGGACUACAAAUGUCCAGAAUGCUGUCUUGUCGACUGGCACCCGUGACACUACCUCCACAUCAAUUACAUUGGAGAGGGAGUUCAAGGAAAUGCUGGGAGGUCUCUCUGUGGAAGAUCAUAUCAACCCUUUGCUUAGCAUGACAGGCCUCAACAUCCAUCAAGACACGCCAACAGAGAUUCUCCAUACCAUUCUCCUUGGUGUCGUGAAGUACUUUUGGGGUCAGACUUUCUGGAUCCUCGACAAAAUAUUCCAAACCAGAUUGGACAAUAUCAACAAAGACGGCCUUAAUUCACCCACUCUUGGCACAGAGUAUAUCUGUUGGUACAGUGUUAGCCUGAUCGGCAAACACUUCAAGAGUCUCACUCAGCUCAUGCCUUUUCUUAUAUAUGAUCUUGUUCCAUCUACUGUCCUGAAUGGAUGGACCGUCAUUGGACAGCUGGUGGUCUUGCUGUGGCAUAUGAGAAUUGAUGAUGUCGACAAAUAUCUGGUAUGCUACCUUCCCCAACCCAUUUUUGCGAUACCAGGCUCGUCUUACAUGCACUAUUGA